UUUUUUAAGAUUAAUUAGCAAAAAAAUAAAAAUAAGUUGCACCGUCGGUCAGAUCCAGAUAUGGUCAUUUUGAAUUCUGGUCGGACGUCAAACAAAUUUAAAUCCGGCAUAUAAUAUCGCCACCCCGUACUCUGCCCCUCCUCUCUCUCGGAACGAAGCUUCACUCCUUCCCUUCUGCAAAAAAGAGAGAGGAGAAUUUGUCUAUACAUAUAUUUAUAUACUUGCCUGUAUAACUGCAUACACAGAGAUUUCAACGACCCAGUGGGACUGGGAGAUCAAUCUCCGGGCCUUAGGCGAGUAAACCCCUAAUUUUUUUCUGGGUCUUGAGAUUUGGGGUUUCUCCACAUAAAAAGAAAAACAUAAACCCACGAUUGAUUCUGUUUGAAGCAUAAUUCGGUAGAUGUUCCUGUAUCUAUGUGUAGGUUUUGCAUCUGUGUAUGAAUUUUUGGGGUUUUGAUUUGUUGUAACGGUUUGUAUCGACGUUGGAUUUGAGAUGGAUGGUAGAAGAAUAACAGCGAGCCCUAGGCCAUGUUCUGGGCGACGUGUGGUGGCGAAGAAGCGGCCCCGUGGGGGCUUAGAUGGGUUUGUGAACAGCGUGAAGAAGCUUCAAAGGCGAGAGAUUUGCUCCAAGCGUGACCGUGCUUUCAGCAUGAGCAACGCUCAGGAACGGUUCCGCAACAUCCUUUUGCAGGAGGAAUAUGAUACUCAUGAUCCCAAGGGACAUUGUUCCAUGGUGUUGCCAUUUCUCACAAAGAGAUCACAAAUUAUUGAAAUAGUUGCUGCCCAUGAUAUUGUCUUUGCUCUUGCUCAAUCUGGUGUUUGCGCAGCAUUUAGCCGAGAUCUUGGCAUUGAAAUGGGACUUGUGUAUAUCUUGGAUGCAGAGACUAAUCAGAGGAUAUGCUUUUUGAAUGUCAGUCAUGAUGAAGUAAUUAGGAGCUUAUUCUACAAUAAGAAUAAUGAUUCACUCAUCACCGUAUCAGUUUAUGCAUCGGAUAAUUUUAGUUCCUUGAAAUGCAGAACUACGAGGAUUGAAUACAUACGAAGGGGUAAACCAGAUGCUGGUUUUCCUCUCUUUGAGUCAGAAUCGUUGAAAUGGCCGGGUUUUGUUGAGUUUGAUGAUGUAAAUGGGAAGGUUCUUACAUAUUCUGCACAAGAUAGCAUAUACAAGGUGUUUGAUUUGAAAAAUUAUACGAUGCUGUACUCCAUCUCGGAUAAAAAUGUUCAAGAGAUUAAGAUCAGUCCAGGAAUCAUGUUACUAAUAUUUACCAAGGCUAGCGGCCAUGUUCCUCUAAAGAUUCUUUCAAUUGAGGAUGGAACUGUUCUUAAAUCUUUCAAUCAUCUGCUUCACCGAAACAAGAAGGUGGAUUUCAUUGAGCAGUUCAAUGAAAAGCUACUAGUCAAGCAAGAGAAUGAGAACCUCCAGAUUCUUGAUGUCCGCAAUUCUGAGUUAACAGAAGUUAGCAGAACAGAGUUCAUGACUCCAUCUGCAUUUAUAUUUUUGUACGAGAACCAGUUGUUCCUAACUUUUAGAAACCGAACAGUAGCUGUUUGGAACUUCCGUGGGGAGCUUGUGACUUCAUUUGAGGAUCACCUGUUAUGGCAUCCUGAUUGCAAUACCAACAACAUUUACAUAACAAGCGAUCAGGACCUUAUCAUUUCUUAUUGCAAAGCUGACUCUGAUGAUUCCUUAUCAGAAGGAAAUGCGGGUUCUAUCAAUAUCAGCAAUAUCUUGACUGGGAAGUGUCUUGCAAAAGUAAAAGCAAGCAACAGUCUUCCCGUCGAUGGUUGCGGUUGCAGUGCUAAUUGUGGUGGCAGAAGUUGCAACUCCAAGAAGCGUAUUCAGGCUUCCAGAAUUAGGAACACUGUAGCAGAAGCUCUGGAGGACAUCACAGCUCUCUUCUACGAUGAAGAGCGAAAUGAGAUCUACACCGGAAAUAGACUAGGCCUCGUCCAUGUGUGGUCUAACUGAAGGUUCUCGGCCUGCCUCAUUGUCCUUAAAAGGUUUUACAAAUGUUUUCGGAUGGGUGCAGCCCCACUGCAAAACUACCUGGAAUUGUGUAACAUACUAGUUAGUGUUCCUUCAUGCAGUUUUAAUGCCUUUGUUUGCGUAACCCCUCGGAAAGGGGAUGUUUACUUUCAUACUGUUUCGGAUUUGCUAAUUUGCAUUUGGGUGGUGGUUAAAUUAAAAUGUGUGAUCAUUUCGUGUUGUAGAUGUGUUUUCUGACUUAUGGCUCACACAGUGGCAAGGUCGUGGCAUUUAUAUAAUUAUAUUUGUGUCAAUAAAUUUAUUUGUACACUGGGAUUUGCGGAAA